AUGGCUCCCAUCCCAGGUUCAGACCAUGUCCUCCUUUCUCGGAAGGAAAGGAACAACGAGGCCGACGAAGAGACAGGGAUGCUCUUCGUCUACUUGAUCUUCGGAUCACUGCUGGCUGCGCUCGCCCUCGCGGCGGGCUACCUCUUUUUCAAGAAGUGUGUGAGGCCCAAGCUUAAGGCUAGGCGUCGGGAUGGCUGGGAGAAGUCUGAUGGCCCUCCGCUUAAAGUGAUCGAGGGAAAGGAGCCUGCGAGACCUGAGUCAGCUCAUGUGGCGGGUCAUGAGAAGCAGGCGGAGGUUGACAGGAUCACCACUGACCUGACCGAGGACUACAUGAGGAAGUCGACGGUACUCAUGGGUUCUCGUUAG